CCCCGAUAACAUUGUUGUCUAGGUAAGCGCAACUUUGGUAGUUGGCAGUCUUCCCUGUGCUUAUAUAUACUGGACACAAGCCCAUAAUGCUCUCGCCAAUUACUUCGGAAAAAUCGAACCGAAAGAUAUCAUCAUUCAUCAAGUCCAAAAAUUCAGUUAUCAUGUCACGAGAAAACUUUGGUAGCGAUGCCGAUGGAUUUUACGGCGAAAUAUCUGAAGCCGAUGUUCACAUCAUCACCUCCAGCGGCCUCCGCAUUCCAACGCAUUCCACCCUUCUGGCUGCUGCGUCGACGGUUCUGGAGAGCAUACUACUUCGGCCGCAAAAGCGGCGGAGCUCUGACAAAACCAUUCGGAUUCUGGGCGUUCCGUGCGAUGCCGUUUCCGUGUUCAUCCGGUUUCUACAUUCCUUCACGUGCACUGAAGAGCAGAUGGAGAGACAUGGGAUUCAUCUGCUAGCACUUUCUCAUGUGUACUUGGUACCACAGCUAAAGCAGAGAUGCACAAAAGGGUUGGCUGAGAGAUUGACGAUUGAAAAUGCAGUAGAUGUUCUUCAACUUGCAAGGCUAUGUGAUGCACCAGAUCUCUACCUCAAGUCCAUGAAAUUUUUGUCAACCAAUUUCAAGAAAGUUGAGGAGACUGAGGGCUGGAAGUUCCUUCAAGAUCAUGACCCCUUUCUUGAACUUGAAAUUUUACAGUUCAUGGAUGAGGCUGAGUUGCGAAAGAAGAGGACGAGAAGACACAGGAAGGAGCUGAAUUUGUAUUUACAGCUCAGCGAAGCCAUGGAUUGUUUGGAGCAUAUUUGUACAGAAGGAUGUACAAGCGUUGGGCCACAUAAUAAGGAAUCUUCCCAGAAAAGGCAGCCAUGUAGCAAGUUUGAGACCUGUCAAGGGCUCCAGCUUCUGAUCCGUCAUUUCGCUACUUGUAAGAAGAGGGCCAACGGAAGUUGUUUGCGAUGCAAGCGCAUGUGGCAGCUCCUAAGAUUACACGCAUCCGUUUGUGACCAACCAGAAGAUUGCCGGGUUCCCCUUUGCAGGCAGUUUAAAGUGAAGGUGCAACAAAGGGGAGAUGAUGAGCUGUGGAAAUCACUUGUUAGAAAGGUGGUGUCAGCCAGAGCUAUGUCUUCGUUAUCUCUGCCUAAAAGAAAGAGAGAAGAGGAACCAAGAAUGAACUUAAGCCAUCAUCAAGUGAUAAACUUUAGGUUGGCAGAUUAGCGUCAUUGGGUAGAAAGUUCUUUCUUUGUAAAUGGAGAAUCAAUAGAAUGGCACUCUUUACCAUUUCAUAUGUCCUGCUGUAUAUACCCUUUUUUGGUGAGUCGCUCUUAGCUAGACGAAUUCUUAGUAUAUGAGGGGGCAACAGAAGAUUUGUAUACAAAAAGAAUAUUAAUGGGAAUUAAUGCAUCUUCACUUUGUUUAA